UCCCAUUAGGUCGCCGGCCGGUUUGAAUAUUCGAAUCUCUUGCUAACAGCUAAGUUCAGUUUAGUUGAAAAAACGUUAUGGAGAACUUUGAAUCAAUGAGAAAAAUUCACAGUAUUCUGAAUGAAGUCAAAUAAUAUUUAACGAUGCGACAAAUAUUACAAAUUUACAAUACUUAUACUCGUUAAUUGGACCUUCAAAAUUAUUAUAAACAUUGUAUCGCUGAUAAUCUGGUGCCAUCAAAGUCCGUUACAAAUGUCCUCUGCAAACACCCUUGUGCAAGAAGAUGGCUUCGGUCUUAUCCCCAGACAACAUUCCAGCUCUAAUUCAACUCGACAGAGUUAUGAAAUCGUCAGAAGAUACACUAUGACCAAUUCUGGAAAAUCUUCGGUUCGUCUUAUAUCCUGGGGGGCUGGUAUACAGUCCGUAAAAAUUCCGAAUGACAAGGGAAUUUUGGGCGACGUCGUCCUUGGAUAUGAUUCCAUGAAUGGAUACCUGAAAAAUAAAAAUAAUCAAUUUCGAAACAUUAGCGGACGGGUGGAAAACCACAUCUCUUCUAACGGUCAGCUUUCCAAAUUCAGAAAGCAGAAGAACUUCGAGGAAGACACGAAAAAUCGAUCUCACGGUUUUGAUGACCGUAACUGGGAUUCCUACAUUUUGGGAAACCAAGUGGUGAUGAGCAAUCUCAGCAAUAAUUCAGGCGCGAAGUUACUGACGCAGGUUAAAUAUUCGUGGACUGAUGAGAAUCAACUCAAUAUAAACAUUCAGGCCACGUCUACGAGACCAACCCCGGUAAACGUUACCGCACGUUGUCUCUUCAAUCUUGCUGGACACGGCACAGGAGCGAAGGAAUUAAAAAAACAUGUUGUGACGAUAAACGCUGAAAAAUGGACGUUCAUGGACCUCAAAGACGGCAUCCCAAACGGGGCUAUCAGAUCCGUCAAAUCUACAAUCUAUGAUCUACGAUUUCCAACUUGUCUGACCAACGAAAGACUUUGCCGAGUUCCAGGCGGUGGAUACGAUCAUAAUUUAUGCAUAGAUUCACCUAGCGUUUGGUGUUACAGAUUUCACGCAAGAGUCCUGCACCCCGGCUCGGGACGCUUCAUGGAAGUUUAUUCAAAUCAGCCAGGAAUCCAGUUUUAUACGGGAAAUGACAUCCCGGAUCCAAAAUCCCUGCAACCCAGCCGUGCGGAUAUCGAUCAUUUCAACUGUUGUCAGGGAGCUUGUGGUGAUCAGAUAAAUAGCGGUAUGAAGAGCAGAUUACUAACGACAGAAAAACAGGAUGAUUCUCCUGCCGGAAAAGAUGGAAUUAGAUACCAAAAACACGGCGGUAUGAUUCUCUCCCCCCAAAAUUAUCCUAAUGCGAUAAACACCGAGGGAUUUCCGCCCUGCGUUUUAAGACCGGGAAAAAUAUACGUUCAUGAUUUGACGUACAAGUUCGGAGUGCUAAGAAAAAAAUGAAAAUUAUUUUUGCGUGGAAACAAAACAAUCAGUCCGUCGAUCUGUCAUAUUGGAAUACAUGCCGUUAUCGAUUCCUUACAAACCUCGAAAAUGUCUACAAAGUCAAGAAAAACGCGGGAAUUAUCUACGAGCGAUUAUCAGUCGGAAUCGACAGUCCCAAUUCCAUGGCCCGAAUGGAACGAUGCCGAAUUAAACGCCGAAAAAUGGGAUUCGUUGAAAAGUGCAGAUGGUCACUUUCUGGACCCAGAGACAAGAUGGAUGCCAGUGUCUCUGGAACCACAGGACUGGAUCAGAGGACCUUUGCUCAAAAGUCCAUCCAGCGAUUCAGCUGUCCUUUUUUCACCCGAUGAUGGCUUUUCGGAUUUCGUGAAGAAUAAUCGACACAUUUUGCACAGCGAGGCAUGAAUCUUUGUAUUUUUUUUCUUUCCAUUCAUCGAUGUAUCUCAUAAUUUUCAAUUUCAUACAGUUCGUCAGGAGUUUCAUAUCUACGAUGAGAAACCUGGAAUAUCUGGGUCGAAGGGGUCUUCGAAUCGAGGGUGAAUCCUCAGGGUUCGUUUGGCUGGGUGCCUCUCGCCCUUGGAAAGGCUGGUCGAACAUUUAUUCGAUGAAUAAGGCGGGAAAAUCGGCGGGCAGUCAUCGGCCGGUUAUAAACCUUCACGGUAAUGUUCUUCGCUGAAAAUUAAGGGGUCUGAAAAUGAGAAACUUCAAAUUCAGGGAAAUAUGUCGUGCGACUG